AUGCAAUUGUAUCGCACUCUCUGUAAGGAGAUACGUGCAUUUUGGGAUCCGCUAGCUAGGUCCUAUUUACGCGACCAUUUUAGAGAAACAUUUCGCAGCGCAUUGCAAAAUCGCCCAAAAUGGACACAAGAACGAGUGAGCAGCUUUGAGAAACGUAUUCUCCAAUUCGUUAAACGAUUACAAAAGUCGCGACAGGGCCAUGUUGAUCAUUGUUCUUACUUACUCGAAUACGCGUAUGGCCAACGAGGGCCAUUGAAACACAAACGUCUCCGUGAACUUUCGGUCAUACCUCCUGGUACUGAAAGCCCUAUAACUCUGCUUCCCAGCGAACCACGGACGCGUUUGCCUCACAUUUCUCCCUUACUUGCGUGGGUGUACAAACAAAACCAUCGGUUAGGCUUUAUUCGUAAUACUCCCAUGCGAAUGUCAAAGCCAAUCAUUGCUGACAAGACCAUUCCUCCCAGGAAUGCUGCAAACAAAAUUUGGCGUUGCUAUUCUGAAUGCUACCGUCGCAUUCGUGCACCUCUUACCCCAAAAGAAUGGGAACACUUAUCACUGUUGGCUCAAUCGUCAUUCAGCGAACAUUUGAAUUCACCCUUUACUCCAAAAUUUCCUCGCACGAAUCCGACUCGGUUUCUCCAACGAAGAACCCACCAAUUUCUUCAGAACACAUUUGUGCUGGACGAAAUAACGCACCAUAAAUUAUCAGCACCGCGAGCCGUUGAAAAACAUGGAGAAUAG